UUUUUUUUUUUCUUCUAGGAAAUAGAAUCGCCAUGUCGUCUGCACUAUUGCCCAAGCCACAAAUGAGGCGCCUUCUGGCCAGACGGAUGAAGUUUCAUCUGUUUGGGGCAUUUUUUGUAUCUGUGGGAUGUGCAGCAUUGUACAAGUUUGGUGUUGCUGAACCCAGAAAAAGAGCUUAUGCAGAGUUCUAUAAAAACUAUGAUCCCAUGAAGGACUUUGAAGCCAUGAGAGCAGCUGGUGUGUUUGAAUCUGCACAGCCCAAAUGAUGGUAACCUGUAUUAACAGAUUCCCUUCAAUCUAAGGAGACUGGACGGCCAAACCUUACUUGUUCACUGAAUUAUAAAGUGUAAUGCACUUCAAUCCAUGACAAGCUCUAAUAUAACUCAAUAAAUAAAAUACUUAUGUCACUGGA